AUGCUAUCAACACUAUCAGUUUUCUUCAUGUCGAUCUUUGUUCUGCUCUGUUUCCUGGGAAUCCUGGCAAACGGCUUCAUUGUGCUGAUGCUGAGCAGGGAAUGGCUACGGCGCGGUAGGCUGCUCCCCUCAGACAUGAUCCUCCUCAGUUUGGGCACCUCCCGAUUCUGCCAGCAGUGUGUUGGGCUGGUGAACAGUUUCUACUAUUCCCUCCACCUUGUUGAGUACUCCAGGAGCCUUGCCCGUCAGCUCAUUAGUCUUCACAUGGACUUCUUGAACUCAGCCACUUUCUGGUUUGGCACCUGGCUCAGCGUCCUGUUCUGUCUCAAGAUUGCUAACUUCUCCCAUCCUGCCUUCCUGUGGUUGAAGUGGAGAUUCCCAGCAUUGGUGCCUUGGCUCCUACUGGGCUCUAUCUUGGUGUCCUUCAUCGUAACUCUGAUGUUCUUUUGGGGAAACCACACUGUGUAUCAGGCAUUCUUAAGGAGAAAGUUUUCUGGGAACACAACCUUUAAGGAGUGGAACAGAAGGCUGGAAAUAGACUAUUUCAUGCCUCUGAAACUUGUCACUACGUCAAUUCCUUGCUCUCUUUUUCUAGUCUCAAUUUUGCUGUUGAUCAAUUCUCUCAGAAGGCAUUCACAAAGAAUGCAGCACAAUGCUCACGGCUUGCAAGACCCCAACACCCAGGCUCACAGCAGAGCCCUGAAGUCACUCAUCUCAUUUCUGGUUCUUUACGCGCUGUCCUUUGUGUCCAUGGUCAUUGACGCUACAGUCGUCAUCUCCUCAGAUAAUGUGUGGUAUUGGCCCUGGCAAAUUAUACUUUACUUGUGCAUGUCCGUACAUCCAUUUAUCCUCAUCACUAAUAAUCUCAAGUUCCGAGGCACCUUCAGGCAGCUACUCCUGUUGGCCAGGGGAUUCUGGGUGACCUAG